AAGUCUAUACAUGUACGACCGAUAAGCGAUCGAUUGGGGGCUAAAGAUCGUCUCGUGAACACAGCAAUAUUUAGUGGAUUUCAAGCAUUUUGAUGCAUCUAUUUCGCCGAUGGGCUGGAUUUGAAGGCUCUGACAUUGACUGAGUCAUCAGGCUUCUGAAGAUGUCAGCUAAGAAGGAGAGCAAAUCGGACCAGCAGCUCCACCUAGCUGCUUUGCAGGGCAACCUAUCCCUGCUCAGGAGAUCAUUAGAUGGAGGCAAGGUGCAUGUAGACUGCAAGGAUAAGGAGGGCACAACACCUUUAAUUCUUGCCGCAGCCAACAACCAUCUUCAGUGUGUCAAAGAACUCCUGGAGCAAGGAGCACAGGUGGAUGAGAGAAGAAACACCGGUACCUGCGCCCUGUUCUUUGCAGCCCAAGGAGGUUUCCUAGACAUAGUCAAGGAACUACUUGACAAAGGAGCGUCGGUGGACCUACCAAGUCAGGACGGCGGUACACCACUGUUUGUAGCUUGCCAGUGUAAUCACCUAGAUGUCGUCAAGGAACUUGUUGCAAGAGGAGCUGAUGUACACCGGACUAUGAACGAUGGUGCGACACCACUCUUCAUUGCUUCACAGAACGGUCACUACAACAUGCUCAAGUAUCUCCUGGAAAGAGAUUGCGAUGUCAACCAAUCAAGAUUGGACAAGGCCAGCCCCCUGUGGAUUGCCGCUCAGAUGGGACAUGCAGACAUCAUCAGGGAACUUCUCUCCCACGGUGCUAAGAUUGAUUCUGCAAGAGAGGAUGGUGCCACUCCCCUUUUUAAGGCAGCUCAUAAGGGACACACUGAUUGUGUGUCGGACCUGGUCAGCCAUGGUGCUUGUUUAGGAUUACUGGAGAAUGGUGAGAGUGCUUUACAUGCUGCAGCUCUGUUUGGACAUCUCAAAGUCGUCAAGCAAUUGAUGCACGCUGGAGCAGAUGUCAAUCUCAAGAACAAGGAGGGCGCCACAGCUUCAGAUCUUGCCAGAGAUGCAGGGUAUGACAUCAUCUCAGACUUCAUUCACAUGUCCAAGCAGUCACCCCACACCACUGUAUGAUUGUGUGCAGUAUCAACAUACAUCAAGACACCCACGUGUGAGUUCCCAUCGUCACAAGUGGCCCUUUUCAAUCAGAGGAUAUUACCACACAAAUUGUCCUUACUGAUGACAAAAAGCGGUAGAAAAGAAAUCUCAAAUGGUUCCUUUUCUUUUUAACUACGCAAGGCUCUUUAUCUUAGCUCAGCAAAAUAACCACAUGUUUGUAAGCCAAAAAGAACAUUAGGAGCAAUAUUCAUUACAUAUAAACCCUGUGGAUGACAAGAAGACAUACACAUGUAGCAUAUGAAGUCAUAUUGUGAAAAUAUUGAACCAACGACCAAUAGCAUGAUCCCUUUGUAGUAGUGUAACCGCGGCAUUAAAGUACAGUGUUUAUGCUGUGAUGCAGAAGCCCAAGUAAUUCUAAUAUCAUGUCAUUGUCAUAAAAAUUGGAGUCUUGCCAUACAUCCAAAUGAAAUGAGCAUUUUGACAUAAAAGAUGCAAGCAUUAAGUUUGAGAUAGUUUCCAUGAAAUUUUAGUUUGGUGUUUUUUAUUUGUAUUUUUAUAUUGAGGUCUUCCUAAUCAAAUGUAAAAAUACUUUCCUACUCUUGGUAUCGCAGGAGUAUUUAAAUUUGAUCAUUCAGCAAUAUUUUGAUAAAUAACUGCCUGCAUUUGAACAGUAAUUUUGUUUU